AUAUGCAUUGCAAGUGAUCGUUCACUCUCCUAAUAUUAAAAAAUCCACAGCCAGUGUUAAUGUUUGGAACGCUCAUGUCCCUGAAGGGUUCUUCAUAAUGCUAUAAAAUCCCUUGGCUUGGGUGGUCGAUGAGACUGAGAGAAUACAGCGAGAAAUUUCAUUUUCCUGCUAUUAAAUCUUCUCUGCGCUGGAGAAGAGUUAGUGAAUUACUAAUCCACUCUGGUGCCUUCCAACCCAAAAGUAUAUUUGCAAGUUUUGUUUUCAUGGCACGAUGCAUUUAAUUAUUGGGCAGCGGUGUCAUCAUGCAGGCGCCUCUUGCCAGUCGACACCAAUUAGGAAAAAAUGUGAUCUCUUAUUGUAAAAGUACUGUAAUUUCUGUAAAAAUACUCAAGCUAACAAGCUGUACCUCUUAUGCUCGCUUUUCAGUAGGAUCUGUUAGGUUGACGACAAUUAAAGAGGCUAAUUCAAUCCAUACUCGUUUAAUCAAGAUUGGGUUUCAAUCCCACGUUUCGUCAUGGAACAGUCUACUACAACUGUACACCAAAAGCGGUAAAUUGGUUGAAGCACGCCAAGUGUUUGACCAAAUGCCGGAUCGGAAUGCAGUCUCAUGGAAUGUUAUUAUUUCAGGCUAUGUUCAACAUGAGUAUAAUGAUAAAGCAUUGAAAGUCCUUGUACAAAUGCAAGGAGCCGAUGUUAAACCUAAUGGGUUUACGUUUUCAAGUGUUCUUCGAGCAUGCGCUGGCCUUGCGGCUCUAGAAGAGGGAAAACAAAUCCACGCUGUUAUCUCAAAAGUAGGAUUCGGUUUGGAUGUAUUUAUUGGGAGUUCUCUGGUGGAUAUGUACGCUAAAUGCCGACAAGUAGAUGACGCGCAACAAAUGUUCGACAAAAUGCCUCAACGGAGUGGAGUUUCAUGGAAUGCAUUGCUUGCUGGAUAUGCUCACAGUGGGUAUGGCGUGCAAGUGCUAAAACUCUUUUGCCAUAUGCAGGAAGAAAGGAUGAAACCAACUGAAUUCACUUUUUCCAUUGUUCUAAUGUCAUGUUCUGCUAGAGCAGCUCUUGAAGAGGGCAAACAACUCCAUGCUAUUGUUAUAAAAUCUGGAAUUGAAUCAAAUGUUUUUGUGGGUAGUACUCUAACUGACAUGUAUAGUAAAUGCUCAAGCAUUUUGGACGCACACCGUUUGUUUGAGAGAAUGCCUGAAAGGAAUGUGGUCUCGUGGACUGCGAUGAUUGCCGCAUAUGCUCAACACCAAUGCAUUAAUGAGGUUUUGCAACUUCUUAAACAAAUGCAACUAGCACACGUGAAGCUAAACCAAUUCACAAUUAACAGUGUUCUAAGUGCAUGUGCCAGCCCAGAAGCUUUGGAUCCAGGCAAGCAGGUUCAUGCCCUGUUAAUCAAAUCUGGCUUCCAAUCAGAUAUAUGUGUAGGAGCUUCUCUAGUCACAAUGUAUGCCAAAUGUGGAUGUGUCGAGGGUUUUGUUAAAGUGUAUGAAACUAUCCCUGAAGCAGAUGUUGUCUCAUGGAAUGCAAUGAUUGCAGGAUAUGCCCAGAAUGGGUAUGGUGAGGAAGCUCUGCAACAUUUUACUCAAAUGCUUCAGGCAGUCCUGAUGCCAGAUUUUUUCACCUUUGCCAGCAUUCUCAAAGUGUGUGCCAAUUUGGCCAUUUUGGAACAGGGGAAGCAAGUUCACACUCAUGCCAUCAAAACUGGAGCAAGUGCUCAACAUGGACGUGGCAGGGAGGCCCUACUACUCUUCGAACAAAUGCAAGAGGCGGGUGUGCAUCCAGACCACAUAACAUUUAUUGGACUUCUCUCUGCAUGCAGCCACGUAGGCUUUCUGGAUGAAGGAUGGAAGUGCUUUGAUUUAAUGAGUAGAGAAUAUGGAAUUAAACCAAGAAUGGAGCACUAUUCCUGCAUUGUUGACCUUCUCUGCCGGGGUGGACAGCUUGAUCGAGCAGAAGCAUUCAUUCAUUCAAUGCCGUUGCAACCGAGUAUAUUGGUGUGGAAAACGCUGCUCAGUGCAUGCAGGAUUUAUGGGAAUAUGGGAGUAGGGAAACGCGUGGCAGAGUAUCUUCUUCACUUGGAUCCACAAGAAUCUACAAAUUAUAUUCUGCUGUCAAAUAUGUUUGCUGCUGAAGGGAAAUGGGAUGAUGCGGCAAGGAUAAGAAAAACAAUGAAUGAUGGAAGAGUUAAAAAGGAGCCAGGAUGCAGUUGGGUUGAGGUGAAUAAGAGCGUGCACGCAUUUGUCACUGAAGACAGAUCUCAUGAACUAUAGAUCUCUAUGCAAAGUUGGACUAUUUAUCUGUGCAGAUGAAGGAGACAGGGUAUGUACCCAGAAAGAGAGCUGCACGUUAAAGAGCAGGAACAAAAGGAAAAUACUGUUUACAUCGCAGCAAGAAGCUGGCUUUUGUUAUCUAGGGAGUUUUGCAAGCUGUUGUCUUCAUCGAUUGAAGCACUGGAUGUUGCAGGUUAUGUGGUAUUAUCACAUGUUUUUGCCAAUGGCAGGUUGAAGUCUUCAUAAAAGAUUGGAAUAUUUAUGAACGACAGUGGUAGAAAUGAAUUUAAAAAGUCAGUGCCCUUUGAGAUGAAUUGUAAGCUACAUGCAUUUGUCACAGAAGGCCGAUCGCAUGAACUGAUGGAAUUAUGGAAGUGAUUUACGCAAAUGUUUGAAAGGCUACCCGAGGAGACACAGGUUGUCAUUAUGUACUUAGCAUGAUGUUAGGGAUGUACAAGAGGGAGCCAAAGAGGAACAAAUUUGUCUCUUAAAGUACGGCAAGAAGUUGGCUAUUAGCUGGUUCUCAUGAGCACUACCCAUGGAACUCUCCGCGGCAAAACAUGAGCACUGCAGACUACCACACUGCUACCUACUUAGUGUGUAAGAUUGCCCAGCACAGAAGUAUUGUGAGGGUCAGCAAUUGUUUCCACCAUGACUUGUGAGGAUUAUAUAUGGCAGUUUUGUUUGAUCAAUAAUGGCCCGGCACAGUGACACGAACAUUUGGAAGAGACCUGGCACUCCAUUUUAAGUAGGGGCAUGCCAUUUGUGAUUUUGUAAAUCAAGGUGCUUGGCUUGUAUGGGUAGGAUUUUAAGAUUCUCCGUAGUAUUUGUUAUAUACAUUCCAAUCAGAUCUUGGUUGGAAUAUUAAAAGUAUGAAAGGGGCAAUGGAUGUGAAAAAUGUCGUUUAGUCCAUAAAGUUUGAAUAUGAUAUUGACCUGAACACGAUGAAUAAUUGUGUGGGAUGAGACUGCAUUAGAAGAUAUGCACAGAUUUAUGAGGGAGCUAACUUUCAGCCUCCAACUGUAGAGAUGGUCAAAUACAGAUUCUAAAAUUUCAAAUAUCUAACAUUUGAUCUAUAUUUUUAGACUCAACGUAAAUGUCUAGGAUAUUGGAGAGGGCUUUUUCUACCCUCUUGAAUGUUCACCACAUGGACUAGGUGUUAUGGCUUCAAUGGAACAAGUUGGAUCAAAGAUUACGGAAUA